AAAUAUUAUAUGUCAAGAUCAAUUUGCCAAAAAAUAUCUGAYUCGCCGCUUCUACAGAUCUGUUUUACAAGAGGAUUCCAGAAGUCGAAGGAGUACAUAACAAGACAAUGUAAUGGAGUCUAGAUUCUCAUUUCAUCUUGGCGUUUCCCCUCUUCUCGGCAUUUUUAUCCUAUUCUUGGCUAGAUUUGUCGUACCUGUUCCUGCGAAUCCCCUGAACGUAUGCGUACUUCUUCGCAAAGGCUACCCAUGUAACAUCACCAUAAGUCCUCAUACGAUACCUAUGACCCACGGCUAUAAGCUGAACUUCGGUGAUGGUUCAAGUGAAGUAACGUUCUCUGACACAUCAACAGUCACACCACAUACAUAUACCAGUGUUGGAGUAUAUACUGUCACGCUAACCAUCAACCCUGGAGGAUCCGGUGAAAUAUUUACAAAAACAAUCACCGUGAAGGAGGUUAUCUCUAACGUGACUGUCCAUAUGCCUUCAUUCCUUUGCGCUGUUGGAGGCAAGAUUAACUUUACUUCCAGUAUCGUUCCCGUCAUCCCAGUAACGACGUAUGUGAAACUUGGAUCAGCGAACUGGACGGAAGGGUCGUUGAUUAUGUGUGAUCAAGUGGGGUCUCAGUCACUGGCCGUGUUCAUUGAGAAUGGGAUCAGUGCUGUGGUUAUGAAAUGCCUUCUUAACGUUACAGUUCUUUCCUUCAAUUUCACAUGGUCUCCCCCUUACUACGCACCUGGCGCAAUGGUGCCCUUCGCACUAACUAAACCAGCGGGGAAUUAUGGGAUCAUAAUGUUAUUUCCUGGCCCGGUGUCCGUCAAUUGUACUAACGAUACCAUCUAUCACAGUUUUGCUACCCCCAAUAUUUCACCUGGACACAAUGUUGUUAUGAUUGUCACUGACAGUGUAGGAAGUAGUGCUAAAAUCAAUAAGUAUAUCCUAAUAUACCCGAAGCUGAAUGGUACAUUAAACGUGGUGUACCCGGCAUUCGGCGGAAUGGGUAUGUUACUGGAGUACAAAGUGGUGAUAACGGCAGACAAUCUCAGCCACUCAUUUAACUUUAGUGAUGGGAGCCCUGUAUUGAAAAGCAUUUGGCCCAACGCCACACACACAUUUAACACUAAAGGCGUACAUUGCAUCGAGGUCAUCACAAGUAAUCCAGUCAGUUCGCUAUCAAAGACCGUUUGCACGAGAGUCGUCGAGGCCAUCCAAGGACUUGCAUGUGCUGAGGACCUCAUCAGAACUCCUUUGGGCCAGCCAUCAUCUAUAGGCUUUGUGGUGGAAAAUGGCACAGACUUCGACCUAAAACUCCAAAUCAAUGCCUUAUUCCCCACAUUCAAUGUAGAAAACGCCACCGCACACGACAUUUUCGUCGUCUUCAAACAACACAAUUUCACUGAAGAGGGGGAGUACAGUUCUACGGUCACUGCAUCAAACAUUGUUGGCAACGCCACUGCAAAGUGCUUAGUGCUUGUACAACGGCCUAUCGAGAACCUGGACGUUCAGCUAAUCCAUGACACAAACUAUCUCGAGAUGAACGCGACCUUAAAACUAGUAGUAACUGUCAAUGGUACCAGUCCUCUGAUAGAGUAUAACUUAGGAGACGGCACCCCAGCAUUGAAUACUACAAGUCAAACCAUGUACCAUAGGUAUCAAAUGUAUGGUAUAAUGAUGAUCAACAUCACUGCUAGAAACAACGUUAGCCAAAUGACUAUCAAUAGAACCAUCUCUGUCCCCAAACCAGUAAUUCCUCUCCAAAGACUUCUACUUAGGACGGAAUAUGUCAAUCUUACAAGCCCUACAGUUCUGAGCAUGCGCAUUGGCCAGGGGUCGGACUUCAAUUGCACCGUCCAUUACGGCAAUGGUAUUAACAAAACCUAUUGCUACAACAUGGUGUACUAUGAAAAUGCCGUCUCAUUAGAUGUCACGCCGUUCUUAAACCUGGACCUGAACGAGUCGUAUGUGUACCCAGUCGAAGGUUACUACCAUUUGACUACCACGUGCUUUAAUCGUCUAACCAACGUGACCAACACGACUUAUGCCUACGUGUUGAAGCCAAUCACAGACUUUGUAUUACCACCGCUACCACCUCAAAUAUUCGGAUCGGAAAUAUCCAUUUCUUUUAACAUGGCAGCUGGAACUAACGUGACGGUGUAUUUCUAUAUCGAUGGCAAACAAAUGGACAGUACUGCAUAUGUCACUGACAGUGGUGGAUCAGUACUGAUGAAACCAUACGAGCAUUACAGUCAAGUCACGCAUUACGAAAUCAAGACGUAUGCAAAGAACCUCGUAUCAGAAUACAACUCCACAUCUUACUUAAUGACCCUACAAAUACCUAUCACAGAGUUGACGUGCAAUGUCACUACUACUACCCCGUACCCUGACGUCGGGAUACAACGAUGCCGGAAUGAAAGCAACAUAUUUCCUGCAGAACAUCCAAUAAUAUUUCCAGCCAACCCGAACAAUGGCACCAACUUGACGUGCUUCUAUUUGUUCGGUGAUGGUGCCAUGACUAACACAUCUAACCUGACAGUCACCCAUCAAUAUGCCGUGCAGCACCGCAGAUACGAGCCUUCAGUCACGUGCUCUAACCUCGUGAGUUCAGUCACGUGUUGUUUCCCGAUAACCAUGGAAAAGAAAGUAAAAGCUGUGACAGUUUCAAACGACGGCCCAAAGAAGUUUAACAAUACUAUCACGUUUACUUUAAAUGUURAAGACUACGGUACGGGAACUUGUUUUGCAUGGGACUUCAAAGAUGGUACUCCUAUUGAUGUGUAUGGACAGUCCCAUUGCUCGAAACUUACGUUUCCUAGGGGUCAGAGGUUUUUCCCAAUAGCUGAAGGAGUGACUUCAAUUAACGCUUACCAUGCUUACUCCACCGUCAACCAGUUUUUUGUCAAAAUCCAAGCAACGAAUAAUGUGUCCUGUAUUGAAACAGAGAACCAGGCUGUCAGCGUGCUCAAGGAAUGUUUCUAUCCUAAUGUUUCGAUGAGAGUCGCUGGAAAGAAUACUUCUUUGGCUGCUCAAAUCCGUCGCUCUGAAACAUUUCAAGUCUCCAAUGAAGUAGGAGUGUACUGUGAAGUCUCAUCCGUUACCAACUACUCCUGGAUCAUAACCAAAGUGCAAGACAUGAAAAAUAACACUCUCAAUCCACCGCAAGUGAUGUCACUACCAAGCGUCAAACUGAACGCUCCCAUACCGACAUUCUUUGAGCGUACACUACCGUAUGGCACUUAUGAGUUUAAUGUGACUGUGUAUAUGGAAGGGACGAUUGGGGUCAGGACCAUUGAGAUUGGAUAUUUCGCUAUCGUGUGUACUCCAUACAUUAUUGCUAAUAUCAAGGAAGGCUGUCUUUUGAAAAGGAAAGUCGGUUCAGUGCUAACAAGUGGAGGUUGUUUUGGGACUGGUAAAGGAAGACUGCCAUACAACAGUACAGUAAUAUCCUUGGACACAAGCCUACCCGGGAUUGAUGAUAGUCAAAGUUUGGUAGUGUCCUUGGUGGUGGUCAAGAAUGACUCGUGUGGCAUAAGAAUCGGAACCUUCGAUCAAGUCAUCCAACUAACAAAACAAGAUAUUCCGGUCUUAAGCACCAAAUGUACUCAGAAUUGUGAUCUCAAGGUCAACUCCAACCAGAAGCUUGCCUACGAAAYGACUUGCGAGGGUUGUGAUGUGGACACCACUUAUAAAUGGGAAAUCUUUGAGCUGAAAUCGUGCGAUGGUGGUCCUCUAGACACUAGUAACAUGGAUCAAAUUCUUGAUGCGACGGUGACAGGCAUGAUGGCUGGCGAUAGCAGUUCCUUGCAUAUGGUUAUACUUGAGAAUAAGCUGGUGGGGGACAAGUGUUAUACCUUCAAAUUGAAGGCUACCAAGAAGAAUGGAGUAUAUGGUGAUAACGCUUUCACCAUUCGAACCAAUGAUAUACCUCAUAGUGGCUCCAUGAACAUCAAUCCUCGUACGGGAAUGGCACUGAAUACUACUUACGCAAUCUACCUGGAUAACUGGAUAGACACUGACCUGCCAUUGGCAUACGAAUGCGGUAUAAGACAGGGCGAAGAUUUCAAAAUAUUGGCCAAAACUCAAGAACCCCCGAUUGGGCUAAAACUCCCUGCCGGUGACCCUCAAAACGAUGACUUGCUGGAGAUUGAGUGUUGGAUAUCUGAUAGAGCUGGUGCUGCUACAGUAGUGAACAAGAGGGUUCAGGUCAAACCAAUGAACAUCACAGAAGACAAGCUUUUGAACUUCCUCAACCAGACCAUCAACGGCAAAGAUGGUCCUUUAAGUAAAGCCGUACAAGAGGCAGACUUUGCCGCGAUCUUCCAGCUGACUCACUCGGUUUCCAACAUGAUGGAAGACAUGUACAGUGCUGCGGAAGAAGCCAAGAAACAGAACCUUACUGAAGAGCAGAAGCAAGUGCUGCAGCAGGAAGAGAAKCAACGCAGUGAACUCAAACUGUCUUUGAUGAAAACUCUUUCCACUGUGGACAUAGGGACCCUCACGGAUGGCAAACUAAUGGCGGGAGCUGUCGAUGAGCUUACCAAAGGAUAUAAAGAUCUUGGAAGUACAAGUCAGGAAAUGGGAUUAUCCAUCCUGGACAAGAUCAAGAACCAACUUCUAAAUGCUCCAGUUACUGACACGGGUUUCAGCGAUGUUAUCGACACGUCCAAAUCGUUAAUAAGUGCGAUGACUCAAAUUGGCUUGUCAUCCGCCAUUGCCRCCAAAUUCAACUCGAGUGACUCUCAGUUUGACAUUACUGGAAUCACAUCCAAUGACAGCCUGUCAGGGCUGGUGUCAAGCUCUGAAAGGGGAAAGGAACGUGUGCUUGCAAUAGUCGACAGUGUGAACGAAAUAGGAAAAAGAAUACAAGACGCCAUGUUGGCAGGAGAACCGUUUGCAGUGUUAAAGAGCAGUCAAAUUAAUAGUACUAUAGGAAAAGCUUGGUACAAAGACCUAGGGGGGAUGAACUUCGGGGACGGCCGCUCUGAAAUCGUCUUCCCGUCGAUUGAAUCGAUGGGACUUAAAAUCAGCGAUACUACGAAGGACUACAUGAACUUGAUGUCAACAAGCACAAAGUCAACCCUGUUUACCUGGAGUAACACGAGCUCCCAAGUCAAAUCCCAAGACGUCAGCAUCAAGAUGGCGUUGCCCUUACACAAGCCACUAGACACGUCGCACUUCACCGAAGACGCUAUCAUCUACAUCCCCAAAAGCGCCGAAGAAAUCGCUCCUUUGGAGAACCACUUCAUGAGAAUCUACAAAGAAGAAGAAAACUCGAUUGAGUACUUACAAAUUCAUUCCUUUGAAUUCACCUCUCCUGACGAGGCAUCGCACAUCCAGAUUUUCCCCCAGAAUGAGACUCACCUAUACCAAGCUUUCCUUCAGUAUAAUGAAAGGGCGUACCCUGAACCCGGCAAAUAUAUCUAUAACUGGACUCUACCUAACUUUAGCAGCUGCAACAUUCGAUACAUUAAUCAAUCUAAAGAAGUUACUGUUGGUAACACUAAUCAUGAAGUUGUGGAGGUUGUACCAAAGAGAGAUUGCUUGACAGAUCCUAAUACAGUAUUUAUACCGUUUUCAUUGGUCAACAAAACGGGAACCUACUACGUGUCUAUUCUCUACCAAAAUCAAGGAGGAUCAAACCCAAGUGAUUCACCAUUGUCCCGACAGAAGAGAGCGAUUCCCGGCACCCCGUGUGGUGGACACGGUCGAAUGAAGCGUUCUUGUGUCAUCAUCCCACCUCCACCACCCAAACCUCCGACAGAUCCUCCAUGGGGUGCUCCACAGUUAGUCGGGACUCGACCUCCAAAUGUAGACUUCUUAGGAAGACCAAUCGACUUCAACAACACCAUUUACUACGAUGUCCGCAUCUAUAAAACAAACUGCAUGUUCUUCAACAGGACUGCUAACACGUGGGGAAACAACGGCUGUAAAGUUGGUAAUGAAACUCGUCAAGAUCGCAUCCAGUGCAGGUGUAACCAUUUCACAAGCUUUGGUAGCGACUUCUUUGUGGCGCCCAACCCUAUCGACUUCGACAAAGUGUUUUCAGCGGAUCUGAGCAAGAAUCCUGUUGUCCUGUCCGUCGUGUGUAGUAUCUUUGGACUGUAUCUUAUUUUAGCCGUCUUCGCUAGACGUGCUGACAAAGCCGAUGAAAAGAAGACCGGAGUGACUCCAUUACCUGCCAACGCAGCACCAGGUUCUCAUUCCUACCUCGUGUCUAUCCAUACUGGGGUCAGGAUGAAUGCAGGCACAACAGCGAACGUUUGUAUCGUUCUGUCUGGAGAGAAUGGAGAGGGUCCCCCUACAUUGCUUAAAGAUCCAGAGAGACCAUUGUUCACUAGAGGUGCUGAUAACUCUCUUGUCAUGACUAUACCUUAUGAUAUUGGAAGACUAACGCAUGUGCGACUUUGGCAUGAUAAUACAGGCGACAACCCCUCGUGGUAUCUCAGUCGUGUGGCUAUCGAGGAUCUUCACACUCAUAAGAAAUCCUACUUCGUGUGUGAACGAUGGCUAGCUGUCGAAGAAGACGAUGGUCGGGUCGAUAGGAUCCUUCCCAUCGCCAGCAAGAAAGAACUCACACAAUUCAGCCAUCUGUUCGUCGGCAAAACAGUGCGCGAAUUGGGUGACGGUCAUCUUUGGUUCUCAAUCAUUACUCGCCCGCCACAGAGCGUCUUCACCAGACUGCAGCGUCUAUCUUGCGGCAUAUCGUUACUCUACUGCACAAUGAUUACUAGCUGUAUGUUUUAUAAUACAGGAGGAGGGCAGGAGAAUCCUACUUAUGUCUUAUACAUCGGUUCCCUCAAGAUCGAUCUUCGGCAGAUGGUCAUUGGCCUACAAUCAAGCCUUAUAGUCUUCCCCGUGAAUUUAUUACUCGUGCAGGUCUUUAGGAAGAUCAGGCCCAAUGAACCAGCCAAUAGCGAUGAUGAUGACUUCAGUGAAGACUUCGAAGACAUCAGCACUUGUUCAGACGAGGAAGAAAGAGCAGAGAAAUCGGAAGAGAAGAAGAAGAAAAAAAAGGAAAAGAAGAAGGGAUUGCAUCCAAGAUGGAGAUACGUUGCCUGGACUGUCUUCGGCUUAUCAACCUCAGUAUCUGCGACGUUUACAGUAUUCUACAGCUUGAGCUGGGGACCCGAGGUAGCUAAUAAGUGGAUGGUAGCCUUUGUCCUCUCGUUCUUCCAGAGUGUUCUUCUCAUUCAACCAAUCAAAGUCCUCCUCGCMUCCGUCGUCUUUGCAUUGAUCAUUCGAAAGCCUAUUGCAACCGAAGAUGAAAAUCAAGAUGACCUUCCAGAUACAAUCGAAAGUAACAACAAGUCAUUAUUUGCUGAUGAUCUUGGAUGUUACGAUAAGGGCGUGACUAGAGGGCCUCCAGACGAGUUCAUGUUGAUGCAAGCACGACAAAAGCGACUCAAAGAAAUCCAAAUGACUACAAUCCUACGAGAAAUCUUCGCCUACUUUAUAUUCCUCGGGGUGCUGCUACUCGUCGCCUAUGGCAACAGGGACCCUAAUGCCUACCUCCUGAGGAAGAGCUUGAUGCAACAGUUUGUUGACUUUACUGAUGAAGAAAAUGUUGGACUUGGAAGUGCGGGCGAUGCCGACUCGUUCUGGCACUGGGCACGAGAGACUUUAAUCCCCGGCUUGUACCCAGGCCCCCUCUACAACAACAAGAGUGACAAGUACACGGGAUUUAUUACUGACCGUAACAACUAUUUGGUUGGAAUAUCGCGUCUCCGACAAGAACGAGUCAAGAAAGACACGUGUACCAUCGCCCCCGUGUUUCGGCACGAGUUCCCCACGUGUUUGGGGGGUUACUCUGUGACGGCAGCAGACACUGGAGACUAUGACGUGGGGUGGAAAUACCUGAACAAAUCCACUACAUCUGCCUCGCGCAAACGAAGAAGCCUCGAAGAACAGUUCUCGUUCGUGAGAGAGAACAGCAAGAUGGUGAAAUACGGUGACUCCAGUAAGGUCAAACCACGCAUGCGCAGAGCUGUUGAACCAGUGUAUGUUUCUACAUCCGGUCGUCAGCAGCGAAGACGAGUGAAAAGCGGCGAGUCUAAGGUCUAUUUCGUUCUUGACAGUGCGAUACUUCCAGACGGUUCAAUAAUGUCUUGUCCUGCAAGAUGGAUGUAUCAUAAUCCCAUUGAGCUACGUGGCUUCCCUUACUGGGGUAAACUCUACUUCUACGGCGGGGGCGGCUUCCCCGCGGACCUCGGGUACGAUUACUCUACAGCCCUAACAGUGGUAGCUGACGUUAACUCGCAUAACUGGUUAACGGAUCAGACUAGAGCGGUGUUCGUUGAAUUCACCGUGUAUAAUGCUAAUACCAAUCUGUUUGGCGUUGCCUUUUUGUUCAUGGAGUUCUUGCCAAACGGAGGGGCAUUCCCAAGCGCUGCGUUCUCGAUCUCCAGAUUGUACAGCUACGUUGGACCUUUCGCUAAACUGAUCCUGGCCAUGGAAGUACUUAUGCUGCUAUUCAUGUUCUACUUCAUGUACCGGGAAGUCAAACUAAUGGUCAAGCAAAAGAAACAGUAUUUCCAUGGUUUCUGGAAUUGGCUUGAAGUUGCGCUCAUCGUCCUGGAGUUUGUCAUGGUGAUACUGUUCUUCGCGCGCAUGUGGGAGACAGAUAAGAAUUUCAUCAAACUUCACGAAAACCCGAAGGACUUUGUAAGCUUCCAGUACGCUUCAGCAUCAGACAUGACCUUGACGUACGUAAUCGGAAUACUCGUGUUCCUCGUCACGUUACGAUUCCUCAAGCUGCUAAGAUUCAAUAAGAAGAUGGCAUUCAUUGGGACCACCAUUGGAUUCAUAGCUAAGCCUAUUGGACUCUUCAUGAUCAGUUUUUCGAUCAUCUUCUUCGCUUAUGGAAGCUUUGCCCAUUUGGUGUUUGGUCCGAUUAACGACAACUACAAAAAUCUUCUGUCUACUGGGGUAACGCAGAUGCGCAUUCUCCUGGGUGAUUUUGAUUAUUAUGACAUAGAASAUUCUGACCCAAUUCUUGGGCCAAUUUACUUCUUUACAUACAUGUACGUGAUAGUAUUCUUCCUAAUGAACAUGUUUCUUGCAAUCAUCAACGAUUCCUUUGCCGACGUAAAGGACUUGGAAAACGAAAUGGCCAAUGAGUACGAAAUGGUUGAAUUUAUUUUGUCGAGGUUCAGGGCUCAGUUUAACUUCAUGAAGAGACCUAACAACCACGUGAAAACCCCGUUGGGAUUGGGCCCAGAUAUUCCCUUCUGGGAGUACAAACACAGGAGAGAUUCCAUCUGGAAUGAUUCCGAGUUCAGCACAAAUACCGACUAUGAAUCACUGAAGAUUAAGCGCAAUGUCUUUGCAAUGGGGAAAGAUUUAGAUGACUUGUUGGAAAGACUGGGUGACAUGCACAAAGAGGAUGUUGAAUCGGAUGAGCUGUUGAUGAUGACUUUGCAGUAUGCAAAUGGGCCUAAUAGUGAGACUACUUCAAUUGCUAGCGACAUGUCAUAGACACUGUAUCAAAGACGUCUUAUUCAAUUAGCAUCUCAUUAGAAUUGUAACCAUAACAACACAUUAAAAAUCACCCCAACACUCUGCAAAUUCAUAGACCCCUUGCGUUGAUUUCCUACAGGAAUUGUUCUGGGGGACAAAACAAUACCCCGUCUUUUCUUAUGCAAAAAAUAAUCCUUUGUUUUUUCCCCUAGAAUAAUUCCUCUCAGGACUCAAGGGGUUUAUAUAACAAGUUGACUUAGAAGACACAUUUCUAUUACUUCAAGCAUGAAUCAAAGUAUCUAGUAAGCUUAUCUGGUGCUGCACAAUAGGAUGCAUCGUCCCUUUAAUGUACAUUAUACCAAUUUCCAAGCCCGUACAAUUCUCAUACUCAUUACCAUAUACACAAAUUGGGAAUUUUGCUUCAGAAAUAGCAUAGAUAACAGCUUCAGUUCAUACAUAUGAUAAUACAGGGUUUGAAUUACAGUAAUAAUUCAAUCUAAUUCCUAUGUAGCUUAAAAUAGGAAGGGUUGGGAAAGGGGUCACGUUUACCACGGAGCAUUUAAUAACUCUCAGUUCAUCUCAAAUCAUUACAACCAUAACUUUUACCCAAAAAACUAGCUAAAUGAACAGAUGAAGGCAGCAUUGAUUUAAAAACAAUACAGUCUAGUACAGAAGACUUUUACCUUUACUGGAAUAUUUAAGGAAAGAAAUAUAACUUUAAACAGUAAAAAGAGCUGCUUCAAAUGGCUAGUAUGAGAAAAUAUAUGUAUUUGAGAUCUUAACAUAACAUAUCUAAAUUGUACAUUGAACAUUUUUGUAUGACUAUAGCUCGCAAAAAUGUCUGACAAAUUUCUCCAAUCUGUUCUUAAAGAUAAAGAGAAAAGCAAAAAAUUUGAUGCUCAACCAAUGUUAAACAAAGCACAACUUUCAAUGAAAUAAAAAUAAAAAAUUGCACACAA